AUGUCCAAGAUCUCGCGUACCAAAAAUUCGACCAGCACUAAAACGCGUCAAGACCUAGAGAAGGAAGAUUGGUAUCACGGUACGUCUAAUAUCACGCUACCGUAAUCUUUUUUACAGGAAUGCUUCCUCGCGAAGAUAUGGCGGCCUUGUUGAAGGAUAAUGGCCAGUUCCUGAUUCGUCUCACCGAGCCCAAACAAGGCCAGGUGAGUUUUGAAGAUAUUGUAGUUGUCAUCUGAUCCUUUAGGGAUUAAGAAUCGUCCUCUCAGUCCGAUGGAACAAUCGCCUGCAUCACAUGGUGGUCAAUGAAGUGGAUGGCUUCUUUUACAUCGAGGUUUUCAAAUUCCCCACCGUCUCCGAACUCGUGAUGCAUUAUCAGAAGACCAAGAAGCCAGUCACUGCCAAGAGUGGUGCCAUUCUUCAAAGUCCGGUUACCAGACAAGAUUGGGAGUUGAAACACGAUCAAAUUGAGUUGGGAAAGAUGCUGGGAGAAGGAGCAUUUGGUGGGGUCUAUAUGGGCUCCAUGAAAUACAAUGGAAAGACUGUGAAAAUUGCCGUAAAAGUGCAUAAGGGAAAGGAAUUGAGUAAGGAAAUGAUCAAGGAAAUGUGCAAGGAGGCGAGAAUCAUGAGACGAUACGAUCAUCCGGUAAUCUAGACAUUAAAUUAUGUCAUCAAAUCACUAAAAUUUAACCAAAAAUUUGUAGAACAUUGUAAAGUUCUACGGAGUGGCCAUGGAAAAGGAGCCGAUUAUGCUCAUCAUGGAGCUGGUCGAUGGCGGAUCCCUCGACAAAUAUCUUCAAAAGAAUGUGGGAAAAAUCUCAAGUUCAACCAAGGUGAAGAUGUGUUUGGAUGCGGCCAAAGGACUUGAAUAUCUGCAUGACAAGGGGUGCAUUCAUAGAGAUGUAGCGGCCAGAAACUGUUUGGUCAGCGAGGGAAAGGUAAAGAUCAGUGAUUUCGGAUUGUCCAGAGAAGUCUCCGUCCACAAUGCCAAGUACAAGUUGACCAAUCUCAAACAAAAACUCCCGAUUAGAUGGUAUGGAAGGUCGUUAUAUUACAUAAUUUUUAUUAGGUUGGCCCCAGAGACCCUCACCCAUGCCCAAUAUUCUUCCAAGUCGGAUGUAUUCAGCUUUGGAAUCUUGAUGUGGGAAGUUUUCGCUGAUGGCCAGGAUCCGUAUCCAGGUCUAACGAUUGCUGAGGUCAACCUUAAAGUCCGAGAUGGCUACCGCAUGCCCCCACCUGAGGGAAUGCCGGCCAGUGUCGGUGACAUCAUGACCAAAAGCUGUUUCCCUGCCGAACCCGACGAAAGAAUGUCCAUGUACCAGGUCGGUAUGCGUAAUAUAAUCGAAGUGUGACAUAAUCCCAGUCUAUUUACAAUUCGCAAACCUUCCGUACCACAAACUGGAAACCUCUGGUUGUGAGUAACAAAUUAUUUUCAGAUCCGAAAACUCCUGGACGAACAAGUGGAUGGAUCCGCGAGAAACAUCAAGAGCCGCUUCGACAAGGAGAAGCCCGAGGUCAACAACGGUGAUACUGUAUCUAGAUACUAA